AGAGGAGGGAGGAGGAGGAGGAGGAAAGAAGAUGGAAGGGAACCGAGACGAGGCUGAGAAAUGUAUUAACAUUGCGUCGAAAGCCAUCGAGGUUGGGGACAAGGAGAAGGCGCUGAAGUUCCUCCACAAAGCGGAGAAGCUCUUCCCGACAGGGAGAGCCAAAGUCUUGUUGGAAGCGCUAACCAGGAACGGGAGUUCUGCGGCUAAAGGUGCACAUCGCAGGCGGCAAGCGCACAAUGCGGAAGACGGUGGCGCACAGGCGGCGGGGGAACGUGCAGAGUCCAGGGGAGCAGGAUCGUCCAAGGUGUUCACGCAGGAGCAGGUGGAAGGCGUCCAAAGAAUAAAGCGCUGUAAAGACUACUAUGAAGUGCUCGGUGUAAACAAAGAAGCCAGUGAGGAUGAGCUGAAGAAGGCGUACAGGAAACUGGCCCUCAAGUUUCACCCGGACAAGAACCACGGUCCUGGAGCAACAGACGCCUUCAAAAAGAUCGGUAACGCGUACGCGGUGCUGAGCAACCCGACCAAACGGCGGCAGUAUGAUCUCACGGGAGGCGAAGAGCCGAGCGGACCGGGUCACGCGCAUGGCGGUGGCAAUGGCUUUGACUUCCACAGAGGGUUCGAGGCGGACAUCACGCCUGAAGACCUCUUCAACAUGUUCUUUGGAGGCGGCUUCCCCUCCUCAAGCGCACAGUCGUUCACCAACGGCAGGACGAGUUACAGCCAUCACGGCGAUUACCGACAGGAGAGGACUGACGAAAGAGGAGACGGUGGUUUCUCCAUGUUUAUUCAGCUGAUGCCCAUCGUGGUCCUGAUCUUAGUGUCGAUACUGAGCCAGAUGAUGGUUUCUCCACCUCCCUACAGCCUCUACUCUCGACCGUCCACGGGUCAGACGGUGAAGCGGCAAACGGAAAACCUGCACGUGGAUUACUAUGUCACCAGAGACUUCAAGUCGGAGUACAAGGCGGCGGCGCUGCACCAGAUCGAGAAAAACGUAGAGGAAGACUAUGUGUCAAAUGUCAGGAAUAACUGCUGGAAGGAGAGACAGACAAAAACGGACCUGCUGUACGCUGCCAAGGUGUACCGGGACGACCGCAUGCGCAAGAAGGCCGAGCAUAUGACCAUGGACAACUGCAAAGAGAUGGACAGACUAAAUAACCUCUUUCGAGGUGGAUGACUUGCUUAGACACUGUUAGAUGUUAUAAUGUAUAUGAAUAGAUGUGUGUAUGU